AUGAACGGUGAUUCGAGGCUCACUACGCUCUGGCCAGACAUGGCGGGAGCCAACCCCCACUACGCCAGUGUCAUCAACGAAGCAGACGCCUCAAGACAGGGCAACUGGAGCUCCGCCCAGGAGUCCUGCACCAACUCAAGCAUCGGCAACUCCAGCCUUUCCUGGCACGAGAACCUCGUGGUGGUUGUGACGGUAUCCAUUCUCCUAAGCCUCGUCAUCGUGGCAACCGUCAUUGGCAACAUCUUCGUCAUCGCGGCCAUUCUGAUGGAACGCAACCUUCGGACAGUUAGCAACUACUUGGUGCUUUCCCUUGCCGUGGCAGACCUGAUGGUCGCGUGUCUGGUGAUGCCUCUUGGGGCGGUGUACGAGGUGACUCAAGAGUGGGUGCUCGCGCCGGAGCUCUGCGACGUAUGGACAUGUUGCGACGUGCUGUGCUGCACGGCGUCAAUCCUACACCUCCUCGCCAUUGCCGUGGACCGCUACUGGGCGGUCACGUGCAUGGACUAUAUGCGCCAGCGUGACGUCCGGAAGGUGGGUAGCAUGAUCUUCCUAGUGUGGAGUGUCUCUUUCGUGGUGUCCAUAGCACCGAUCUUCGGCUGGAAGGACAAGGACUCGCACAGUCGUGUUCUCAACGAGAAGAAGUGCCUGGUGAGCCAGGACGCUGCGUACCAAGUAUUCGCCACGUGCUCCAGCUUCUACGUUCCUCUUAUAAUGAUUCUUCUGCUAUACUGGCGGAUAUUCAAAGUGGCCCGACAACGGAUCCGGCACAAGCCUGGUGCCAAGGCGGUGCUUAUAGUGCACAAGGAACCUUCCACAUCUUCAGCGCCGCCUUCGAACGAAAGCACACCGCAUCACGGAACUCUGAACUCGGGCAACCAGCCACCAAGCAACGGCAUGAAGGCGGUUCACGGCGGCAUCGGACGGCUCCUUGUGCUCACGAAGAGGGAGAAGAAGCAUGUCGAGGAGUCCAUUGAGUCACGCAGGGAACGAAAGGCGGCCAAGACGGUGGCCAUUAUCACGGGAGUGUUUGUGAUGUGCUGGUUGCCCUUCUUUAUGAUGGCGCUUGUGAUGGCGCUGUGCGAGGCAUGUGACCCGGGCAAGCUGUUGUUCAGCUUUUUUCUAUGGCUAGGCUACGCCAACUCUAUGAUUAACCCUAUCAUUUACACCAUCUUCAGUCCAGAUUUCAGGAAUGCUUUCAGCCGGAUUCUGUGCGGCAAGAAGCCGACCUUCAGGUGACAGCAGGGAGCCUCGGCGAGCGCCACGGUGCGGCG